CGCCACGUCGUGAGGAAGUAUAGGCGCACUGGAGCAGUGGGAGUACGCCCAGCUGAGCGGCAAAGCUGCAGGACUUAAGAAAGAAGGAGAGAGGUGACAGCUGCGGGAGAGAUACAGGGUUACCUGGCUAGUGUCUUGUUCUGGGGUAAUUUUUGAUUGGACGAGAACUAUGUCAUGGAUCAAGGAAGGAGAGCUAUCACUUUGGGAACGGUUCUGUGCUAACAUCAUAAAGGCAGGCCCAAUGCCCAAACACAUUGCAUUCAUAAUGGAUGGGAACCGUCGCUAUGCCAAGAAGUGCCAGGUGGAACGGCAGGAGGGCCACUCACAGGGCUUCAACAAGCUAGCUGAGACUCUGCGCUGGUGUUUGAACUUGGGCAUCCUUGAAGUGACAGUCUACGCGUUCAGCAUUGAGAACUUCAAACGCUCCAAGAGUGAGGUUGAUGGGCUACUGGAUCUGGCCCGGCAGAAGUUCACCUGCUUGAUGGAAGAACAGGAGAAGCUGCAGAAACAUGGGGUAUGCAUCCGGGUCUUGGGUGAUCUGCAUUUGUUGCCCUUGGACCUCCAGGAGUUGAUUGCACAAGCCGUACAGGCCACUAAGAACUACAAUAAGUGUUUCCUGAAUGUCUGCUUUGCAUACACAUCCCGUCAUGAGAUCACCAAUGCUGUGAGAGAGAUGGCCUGGGGAGUAGAGCAAGGCCUAUUAGAUCCCAGUGAUAUCUCUGAGUCUCUGCUCGAUAAGUGCCUCUAUACCAACCACUCUCCUCACCCGGACAUCUUGAUACGGACUUCUGGAGAAGUGCGGCUGAGUGACUUCUUGCUGUGGCAGACUUCCCACUCCUGCCUAGUGUUCCAACCUGUUCUAUGGCCAGAAUAUACAUUUUGGAACCUCUGUGAGGCUAUCCUGCAGUUCCAGAUGAACCAUAGCAUGCUUCAGCAGAAGGCCCGAGACACGUAUGCAGAGGAACUGAAGAGGCACCAGCUGGAGAGGGACCAGGCUGCAGUGACAGAGCAGCUGCUGCGAGAGGGGCUCCAGGCCAGUGGGGACGCCCAGCUCCGACGGACACGCUUGCACAAACUCUCAGCCAGACGAGAAGAGCGAGUCCAAGGCUUCCUGCAGGCCUUGAAACUCAAGCGAGCUAACUGGCUGGCACGUCUGGGCACUGCAUCAGCCUGAAUGAGGCUGGCCACCUGCCACUUUGCCCUGCCCUCCAGCCCCCAGGGCCCCACUCCCCUUCCUUUCCCCACCCGCCCCCUUUUUUUUUUUUUUAGAAAGGCCCCUCCCUCCAAGUGAUGAAUUUCACUCCUCUUGGCUUGUUAGGGGAGCCCCCAAUGCCAAUUCUGCUGGCUAUACAUACCUUUGGACUGGGAUAAUGGCCCCUGAAGGUGAGAGUCUCAUACAAGUACACUAAACCCAGUACACCAGUAGGUUUGGAGAGCAAGGAACCCCAAUUCAUUGGCUAUUUGCUCCAUUCACCUUUGCCACCACCACCUAUAUUCUGGAUGCAGUUUUUCUACCAGCACAUCCUUCAGCACACAGAAUGGCAGCAAAGAGGUCUCUCCACUGCUGAGCCCUUUACCCAUCCAUCUUAGCCCUCCCCUGACUUUCACAAAAGAUUUGGCUCUACCUUGUUUCUGCUGGUAAACAGCUAAUAGGCAGCCAGUGUUAUUUGGGCAAGGAAGAAAGGGGCGGGAGAGACAGAGAAAAUUUGCCCAUCUGCUGCUCCUCCCCUUGGCUCUCCACCUGGGAUUUGCUAUUGAAUCUCUACCCCCUCCCACCACGCAAUACUGAUUGCUCACUGAAAGGCUCAGCGCCCCCAAUGGCGCUAGGAAGCCAGGCGGGUGAUUACAAUCCAAUUACCUAUUGUCCACUCAGCCCACACAAGCUUUUCCCCUCCCCUUGCAGGGCAUGGGGCCAGGCUGCACUCCCCAGUGAGACUGGCCCCCUCCAUGGCUCCAGGGUAACAAGGGCCUCUAGGCCCUGGUGAGUCUAAUCCAACACUGGCUUCCUUCCUUGUGACACAUCAGCGUAGAACAUACAUAUCUUCCCACCUGACUGCCUCUGGCCCUCACCAUCUCAAACUCUUGAUUCCUACUUCCAAUAUUUGAGGCUUCCCAUAGCUCUUUGACCUGGCUCCCUACGUCGGCCCCAAGACGAUUUAUUCUCAGCAUGGCAAAACUUGUUCCAGAUCCUCUCUGCCCAUGAGGGCCAAGGUUGCCCAGCAGGAAGAUGAGUACAGAUUCAAGGCUAUGUCCUUUUCUUUACCUCCCCUUGCCAGGCAGCUCUGCAGAGCUGGCGAGAGGAUUACUGCCUUUGAAGAGCUGUCUGCCUGAGCAACUCCGUGCUUUAGGUGCCCCAGAGCAGCAAGGACCAACCAGUAAUGCCGGCCAAAUGCUACUCUAGUCUUAUCGUUUUAUAUUCUGCAAGCUGUUUCCCAGCACUUCCUUCCAGGAGAGAGGUGGGAUCUUGCAAGCUGUGUUGAGUGUACUCUUUAGACCCCUAAAUUUUCUAUAUUCUAGUUUCUUCCUCCUUUUCUAUGCCUACAUACCUGGCAGUGGAGACCCCUUGGCCAUCAUUCCUACUCCCAGAAUCGAGCAUAAAUGCCAGACAGUGCGGUUGAGAAGCCAAUCAACAUACUUUGGCAAGGCCCCCUACACACCUGGCACUCCCCACUACCAAUCCCUGGCACGGGGUUCCCAGAGAGCAGGUGCUGUACAUUUUCCAGCUUUACAAUGGGGCUGUUGACAGCCUUAAUUAGGGAGGCAUGAAUUAUGCGACCAUAAUGCAGAGCCCUACAAUUAAGGCGGGAAUGAGGGACUGGAGGCAGCAAACGGAAUCUGCCCUGUGAGCAUGAUUGUUGGGUCCGUCUCCCUUCUUUGACUCCUUCCAAGAUUCGGGUAGAGAUGAUUAAUGGGACUGGUAUCUCUCCUUGGCCUGAGGACCUAUAUUCUGGGAAAGGUACACGGGUGGAGUUGGGAGGAGCUGCCCCAAGAGGCGCUGUGGGGGUGGUAAAGAAAGAAGCAGAAGGCUCAUGACUGCCCAGGAACAAGGGCUGCAAGAUACUUCAACUCGUGGUUGUUUCCUUUUCUCCUGGUAUGAUUUGUACAAACCAACCCUUGCCUCACAAAAUCAGGUGGGUCCUAUUUAUGUGUCCUCCCGCCUGUGAGCCAGAUCCCUUUUUUGAGGAUAUCUAUCCUGUUCUUGUGUUCUCCUGGGUCUCAAAUAGAAUUUUUAAAAUUCUUA